AUGAGAUCUCUUCAGGUUUACGUACUUCCGAUCGUGGGAAUGCUCGCCGUUUGCUCCCUGGUGGCCAGUGUCCCAUCGAGUAGUAGCGACAAAAAGGCUUACGCUCCGGAAGCUGCAGACACUGCUCACCGAUCUUUUCCCGUCAAUCAGUUGCCGCCGUUGACGUACAGCAGCAAGAACUACACGGCCUACCUGGAAGUGGCAAACUUUUUCCAAGCCUGGCAGCUGUGCAGAGAUAAGGGCCAGCGUUUGGCCACGGUCGAAAACUACCAAGACCAUAAAGCCGUCCGUGAGGCAAUUUUGCCGGUUGCUGGGUUCGAGGCAGCGUUCUGGAUCGCCGGUACCAAUGUUGGGGCGAAGCCGGCCGAAACCGGCACGUACUACUGGAUCACCAACGACCGUCCGGUCGGCUAUCUGAGUGGAUUCGAGAACUGGCUCACUGGUGAAACAAUUACCGAUCCGGACCAAUGUAUUGCGCUCUACCUUGGCAGUGCCAUGUGGAUUGCUGGAACGUGCGAUUCGGAUGCUUUCUUCGUAUGCGAGGAAUCGCAGGACGUCUGA